GAAUAGAAAAAAUGRAAUCAUUAARYGGCCAAACGUAUCAAGAGGAAAUGUUUUCAAUGAUAGAAGAGCCAAAUUAUUAUAAUCAACGAGGUGAAAUUGCUGCAUUUUAUUCUGGAAAAAAAAUUUUMAUAACAGGAGGCUUAGGAUUUCUAGGAAGGCUUAUAAUCGAAAAACUCUUGAGAUGUUGUCCAGAAAUAACAACGAUUUAUUUGCUGAUAAGGGCAAAGAAACAGAAGGAUCCGCAAACUCGAUUCAAAGAGUAUUUCAAUGAURUUAUUUUUGAUAGAUUAAAGAGAGAGCAAAAAGAUAUCGAGAARAAAAUUAUUUUGAUUGAAGGAGACACGAGUCGAUUGAAUUUAGGAUUGUCAGAGAGAGACCGCGAACUCAUUAAAGAUACCGAUUUAAUUAUUCACAGUGCUGCAUCCGUACGUUUUACAGACAAUAUUCGUUCUAUAGUUAAUACAAAUAUUAGAGGAACAAGGGAUCUUCUCUUGCUUGCACAGGAGAUGACAAGCUUAAAGGCCUUUGUUUAUAUUUCUACKGCUUUUUCGCACUGUGUAUACAAUAAAAUCGAAGAAAAAUUCUAUAAGCCACCUAUGAAGACAGAUGACAUAAUUAGAUUAACUGAAAUUUUGACCGAAGAUCAAUUAGAUUUAAUUACUCCAAACCUACUGGGUAAGUGGCCCAACACUUACGCAUUUUCGAAGGCAAUCUGUGAAGAUACGAUACGGCAAUAUUCAAAUGGAAUUCCCACUUGCAUAGUUCGACCAUCCAUUGUURUUUCAACGSAAAAGGAACCAAUYGCUGGUUGGAUAAACAAUUUCUAUGGAUUUACAGGUGUUUUUUWUGGUAGCUCGRMAGGUGUUUUACGAACRCUGUAUUGUGAURGCAGCUUAAUCUGCGACUUAAUUCCUGCCGAUUWUGUUGUCAACAACAUUAUUUGUGCAGCAUGGGACGUUGCACAAAARCGCAAUGAUAACAAAUACUUACCUGUUGACGAAGAAAAUCGAAUUUAUAAUGCCGUUUCCUCCGUUCAAAGUCCAGUUACUUGGGGUGGUAUGGAGAAUUCUUUAGGAUCUAAGGGACUUACAAUCCCGUCGAAAAAAGUGUUUUGGURCUACAGCARCUUAUGGYUUAUCAAGAACUAUUAUUUUUAUAUUUUUUGUACAAUUUUUUURCACUGGAUACCAGGAGCUAUAGYGGACUCCUUAUUAUAUCUCAGCGGAAGAAAGCCGAUGUAA